AUGGAAGUUGGUCACUUGUUGUUAUGGCAGAUCAGUAAGCUCGAUGCUGACAUCGCAGCUCAGAAGAAGAUGUUGGCCACCGAGCGAGACGAGCUGGAGAAGGAAAAGGAAUCUACCGCUAAGCUGGAACUCAACGUGGACUCUCAAGGAUCUCUGCUGGCAUCAUCGGAUACUCCUCAAGUCGACCCCCUGGAGGACGCUGAGACACUGCCUGGUCUCUCCUUCCUGGAGACCCAGAGUGGAGCGAGCUCGGCGGCUGCUGCUGCCUCUAGAGCACGACUGAGCUCCUGGCUUCAGAGGUUCAGGGCUAAGUUGAACAAGGCUAGGGCGGCGGCCGGCCUUCCUGCACUGCCUGUCAAUUCCACGCAGAAGGUGGCUGUGAAUAAGGAAGAGAAGAGGGACGAGAGAACUAAGGGAAGCUCCAGCACUGAGAUAACGAAAUCGAAGGAGAAGGAGUCCCUAUUGCAAUGGGCCCCUCUCAAUUUCGCUGAAAGUGAGGAUAUGCAGAAAGAGAAGAGAGAUGUGGCUCGCUUGAAGGAGGAGUUCGCCGAGUCGCUCCAGAAGGUUAAGGACCAGAGUGCUGCUCUACUGGCCGAAUCUCAAGCUGAU